UUUUCAAUUUGUUUACCACAUGUACUUACAUAGGUGGUAUACAUCUAAUCGGAGCAGAAAAAGUACCGGUGGAAUGUUUAACAGAUACUCGUGUAUAUACAUAUACCACUUUGCGUAGCGUGAAAUUUAAUCGCGUCUUAUUUACAAAUUACUGGAGUCUCGCGUGAGUUCGGAAACGGUUUAUGAAUAUUCCUUAUUUCUUUAAAUAAAACGAGCGGAUAUAAUAGUUUCAAUCCGCCUACGUUACACGAUAGGUACGUGUGCGCAAUGUAAAACACAACAGCAAGUGAUUUUGUUAAUCGAGUAAUUGGAAACUUGACGAAACAUGAAUGUUGAAAUAUAAUUGCCUGCGAUAUAUCUUGGUCCAUUAAAAAUGUUGGUUUCUAAAUUUAAAGGAUAUUCAAUUGCACGAAUAUUGUAAUUGUAAUAAUUACGCGUGUACCAUUUGGAACGAGAUUUGAAACGAAACUAAACAAAACUUUGGAUCAUCGGAACAUUGGAUUGAAUGUGGAUAUAUUACAUGUACAGAGGAAUUUUUUGUUGAGCUUAUAUGCCAUUAACAAGACGGACAUGUAGCACGGAAAAUAACAAGGAAAACGACGAUAGUUGGUCAAUUUUUAACCGACGCAUCCGUCGGAAGGUUGGAAUAGCUCGUUCAAACCGAAUAUAAUAUAAUUAUCUCCUCCACUGUAAUUUGAAGCAAAACGUAGACGAAGAAAGUAGAAGUGGAACGAGGAAAGGAGGGGGAGGGGCGGCGAAUUCUGAUCUCAGAGAAGAGAGCCAUUUUCUGAGUCUUGGUUUAGACAUUCUAAAUAUAACUGGAGGUUCUAUAGGCUUUCCUUACCGUGUCAUACUCCGUAGAGUAGUAUCUUGCCGUGUUGCAUGGAUCUUGCUCAUUUUCUAAUCUUUAACGUGGCUCUAUGCCAGUAUUACUUGUCUGAAAAUUACCAAUCAUUUCAUACGAUACCAUUCUGAAAUAUUUCGUACUUUUGUAAGGUCUCGUGUAAUCGUCGUUGUUCCAUAGAUCGUUUCCUGCAACGCGUGUACAUAGUCAUACAUUUAUAGAUUUAGGAAACUUGGUGUAUUGUACACUAUGAUUUGCAAAGCCGAUCAGACGUAUUUGAUACCAUGCGACGUACUUAUGAUGGGAAACCUUCCCUCUCGGAAAGUUCCUGUACGCAUAUCCACGCGUGUCAAAGAACUUUACGAUUACAUCGAGGAACAAUGUCAGAUGCAACAAGACAGAUUCAACCUGUAUCUGUGUUCGACCGAACUGAUCGACUUGUCCAAAAUGAAGGACAAGACUUUGUCGGAGGUUGGCAUUCACUUGGACUUGGAGCAAGAAUCUUUGACGGAAACGAAACAAACGCUGCUGGUGGUCGAUUCUGGUUUCAUACCUAGCGAAUAUUACUUUAAAAAAAAGAGAGCCAGGUAUUGUGCUGGUUCCCAACCGAAGGCAUUUGAUUCGCAAGCAUCCAGUCGUUAUUCUUAUCAUCCAUUAUCCAGAGGAGAAGACGGCGAUGACGACGUUGACCUGGGAAGUCCUCUGAAAAGUCCUGAAACAAACUAUGUCGGUUUAGUAAACCAAGCAAUGACAUGUUACUUAAAUAGCCUAUUACAGUCAUUAUACAUGACACCGGAAUUUCGAAACGCAUUGUACAACUGGGAGUACGUCGAGGGCUCGGAAAAGGAUGAAGCUAACAGUAUUCCGUAUCAACUACAGAAGUUAUUUCUAAACUUGCAGACUUCCACGAAGGCGGCAGUGAAAACUACGGCAUUGACGCAAAGCUUCGGUUGGGAUUCGACAGAAGCGUGGCAACAACACGAUAUUCAGGAACUCUGUAGAGUGAUGUUUGAUGCUUUGGAACAAAAGUUCAAGAACACGGAACAAUCCGAUUUGAUAAGCAGAUUUUACGAAGGUACGAUGAUUGAUUACGUUAAAUGUCUCGAAUGCGGUAAUGAAAAAUCUAGGGCGGAUACGUUUCUCGAUAUUCCACUGCCAGUAAGACCUUUUGGUAGCAGCGAGACGUAUAGCAGCGUGGAAGAAUCCUUAAAAGCGUUCGUUCAAUAUGAAAUUUUGGAAGGAAACAAUCAGUAUCAUUGCGACAAAUGUAACAAAAAAUGCGAUGCUCACAAAGGAUUAAAAUUCACAAAGUUUCCCUAUCUUUUGACGAUUCAUCUGAAACGAUUCGACUUCGACUUAGAAACCUUCCAUAGAAUUAAACUUAACAAUAAGGUUACUUUUCCAGAUAUAUUGAACUUGAAUCCUUUUAUCAGUUCUGCAUCAGUGCUGAACGGUGAAUCGCCGGCUACCGAGCACGAUGAAAAUGUCGCUUCGACGAAAUCCGAUGACAGUUCGAUAACGAACAGUGCUACGUUAAACGGUGAUUGUUCUUCCGCUAGUGAUAACGAUCUACCUAACAGCCUUUCUAAUCACGCGGCAACAACGGCGACUACGACGGCGACGACAACAGAAACGGGGACGGAGUCAGCGAUCCCGAUAGAGACGCCAGUGACAGCAACGACAACGACGAGGAAUCAAGAUCAGGCCGAUGACGAAGGCAUAGGCAUCGGACCGUCGACGUCAAAUUACAUCGCGCAUAAUAAUUGCGAGAACGAAAAGAAACACGAUGAGAAAAUUGCAGAGAUGGGGCCUUACAAUUACGAGUUGUUUUCGAUCAUGAUUCAUAGCGGUGGUGCUAGCGGUGGCCAUUAUUACGCUUACAUUAAAGAUUUUAGGACGCAGGAAUGGUUAUGUUUCAAUGAUCAAAGCGUAACGCAAAUAACGGAUGAUGAUAUUCAGAAAACGUAUGGUGGUGGUUCGACUAGAUCAUAUCUUAGCAGAGCUACGAGUAGUACCAGCGCGUAUAUGCUCAUGUACAGACAAAUCGAUCCUGCACGUAACGCUCUACCCAUAGAGGUGCAAGAUUUUCCAAAACAUAUAAAGAAAUUAUUAGAGAAAAUGAAGGACAGCGAAAAACGAGAGAACGAGAAAAUAAAUAUCGAUAUAAAAGAUAUCUAUGGAAGGGAUUACGAGGGUAUGGAACAUGGACCUAGAGAACGGAGGAUUGAGGCGGUUCAUGGUAUGGAGGAAUUGUUAGAGAAAAUGAAGGACAGCGACAAACAGCGAGAGAACGAGAAAAUAAAUAUCGAUAUAAAAGAUAUCUAUGGAGAGAAUGCGGUAAUGAGCGUGUAUUGUCAACGGCCCAACGAAGAUAAAAAGCAAGACAUGUUGAUUUUCUUCGCGUCACACAAAACCUUGGCCGAAAUGACGAAACACGCUUACCAGAUUUUCGAUUUGGAGGGAAUAGUGAGCUUGGAUCAAUGUCGUUUAGUCGCUUACGAUCCUAGCACCGACACGGUAGUUAACACAUACGAAGGCAAAGAACAGGAGAAAUUCUCAAGUCUUUGGCGUCGUCGAAGCCGAUACUGUUUACUGCUACAAAUAUCCGGGAUCGUCACUACUGUGUACGUUGUCGACAUCGGCGGAAAAAGGCUAGAAACAAUAUUGAAUUUACGAGCGUUACUUCCCCAAACGGUCAGGGAAUACAGUCAAAUGGUGGGUAAACAUUUGAACUUGGAACCGGACGAGAUGAAAUUAGUGCUGCGGAAGGAGGAUUCGGAAACUGUACUCUUGGAGAAUGAAGAUGCUCAACUGGCAGUUACAGAGCUUUCUACCAAGUCGAAAGUAUUCGCUUGCGUCAAGUACGAUUCCGAGUGUAACAAGUCUUUCUUUGAGUCGACGAUAUCCGCGAUAGCAGAACGACUGGAGGCCGUUAGGACGCUGAGUCUGAAACUGGCCGAUGUCAGCAAAGAAAAGUUGAAGAUGUUCGAUAUUCCAAUUGUGGAGGAACCGUCCAAGGAUAAAGAGGAGCAGAUUCGUUCCGGCAACGACGUCGAGAUGAAGACGAUAGUGGCGGCUGAGAAUACGUCGAAGACGGAUCCGAACGAUGUAUCUAACGCAUGUACCACCGCGUCCGAGCAACACCAGCUUGAGAGUAAUGCAUCGAAUAGCAUCAAAAAACCGAUCGCGGUGGAUAACAACAAACCCGUCGACACUGUUCGAAACGCGAGUCCUCACGAGUCGACUAGAGAUGGCGAAGAAUGGCAUACACCCGAGCAAAGCAACAGCGAGGAUGGCAGCCUCAGCGAUAGCGAUAAAACAUUGGACGGUGACGUCCCCGAGGACGAUCAACUUCAAUUAUCCCAUCUUACGUCGAACAGCACGAGAAAUCCUCUCAUCGAUAUGUUGAGUCAAGUCGCGUUCGAGGAUUGGGACAAAUCGGAAUGUUAUUUCAAAGCGAGCCCAUAUACGAAUCAUAAUACGAAACUUUUGAAAGUAGUCGUUGAUAAAAGGAUGACGUUUAAGGAUCUAAAGACAAAUUUGGAGCCGUACGUUGGCGUACCUUCUGAAUGUUUCGAGAUAUGGGACUAUGAUGAAAUCAGAAGCGCCAAAACGGAAUGGGUUAUACAUAAUUGCGUUUCCCCUAAUUUGUUAGACACUGAAAAUUAUUCGAUAGGCAUAGAUUUCUUUUAUAAUCUGAAUCUGCAGAACCGUAUGUUGGUAGUAGAAGUGUAUCGAAGUGCCAGUUUGCUAAAGCAACAAAUGUUUUCAUUUCAAUUUCCGGUCGAUGAGAACAUGACCGUCGGCCAGAUGAAAAGAGAAAUCCUGGCGGAAAUGAAAAAUAAGUACGAUAUAGAAAUCCCGUACCACUUUUGCCGAUUGUUGGAGAACACUUACAUGUUGCUACUCGAGGACCAUCAAAGGAUAAAAGAUUUUCACUUUGAUGCGCAAUUUCGCUUGCAAAUAUUGGUCCAGGAGUUAAUAUUGAGAAGAAAGCAACCGGUAGUCGUGCAAGAGUCAUCGGACGAAGAUGAACCGGUGACCAAUAGUCAUUUAAUUACUGUACAGCGUUGGUUCCCCAAGAGAAAGGCGCUCGGACCAGUGCAGAAAAUUGCCUUGGAUGAGAUGACCGUAGAAGAAAUGGUGAAAACAUUGUCCAGAAUGUCAAAAAUACCUGAGAAACAUAUAGAGAUAGCGCGGGAAAGGAGAUUAUUUAGAGUAGUGGAUCCUGUAAACCAGUUCCAGGAUUUAACAUGGAUAAGUUUAUCGUCUGGCAUCGCAGAACUCGAUGCUGGAAAGAAGAACAUGUUCAUGUAUAAAGACAAUAGGGACAUUUUGCCACAGCCGCAGCCGCAGCAGCAACAGGAGCAAGAGCAGGAACAGCAGCAGCGGGUAUCGCGGGAAGAAUAUAACGGAAUCACGUUCAAUGAAGAAUCAGCAUCAAUGACACGCGAGGUCUUCUCAUCUCAUUUUGCUGAGUUGCCGCUUUACAGUAGAACCGCGUCGUACAAUUAUCCAACAAGGUAUCUCCCGGUUUCAUCGGCACCAUCGUCGCGUUACACCGGACGAAAAGAAAAGGCGCUUAAAAUUCACCUGGACGCUCAAUGAUCGUCGUCUAUCGAACGUGUACUCUCUAACGAAGAAUCGUUACAUAGACGUACGAAAAAACGCGAAACUCGAACGUCUCAUCAAGUAUUUGUCGUCUCGAGUAUUCAACGACUCAAAAAUAUUCUGUACUUUGGAAAAUGUUGGCUCGAAUUACAAUGCUUCCAUGUCUCUAAGGCCUUCAGGCCGUUGGAACGAAUCAUACUCGUAAAAUUCGUCGAAUUUUUGAAACGCCGUCGCUUGCUGGACGGGAGACGUGCGUUCUGUUAUGAACUUCCCGCAUUGGACCAACGUUUUCUUCAUCGUACAGUUCGGGCUUUCGUGCAUGAUUGGUUUCGUCCUCUUUUACAUGAUCCUCUGCACGCUUUACAACUCCGCGUUAACUACCACCAUCAUUGGAUAUUUGAAAAGUAUAUGCGUUACUUAUCUUGGGAUGAUCAUCGGUGGCGACUAUAUCUUCGAUUAGCUAAAUUUUACAGGACUGAAUCUGAGCGUCGAUUGUCGGGUAUCGUUUUAAUAUGUUUCGAGACCAUAAAGAUAAUUAAGCUUCAGAUCACCGACCUAUAGAAUCUCGUACGGACGAGCACUACCGUCCGCACUCGACAACGCCAAAGAAUCGAUCGAUCAAAACGACGCAUUGCAACAAACCGGCGUGAACAUCUCCGAAUUGUAAGAAAGAAGAAAGCUAGAAGAAAUUAAGCAUGUAUUGGCUAUACAGUCAAUCCUAAAAGUUUAUGCACUUCAGA